AUGCCUUCUGUUCGACCGGUUUUCCUCAGCGGGACACUGACGCCGUUCCUGUACCCUGCCUUCGCCGACACCCUACUCGUCUCUGUCGCGCGCACGUGUCCGCUCCGCAGACGGCGAUUUCCUCUGCAGUCAAGAUGUAGCUCGACAGCAGCCGAAUAUCCAGACACGCACCAAGACGCACAAUCGCGCCUCGACCCUGCGGCGGAUGACUACUCGCUGACGCCCUUUGCGGAUCGAUGCCUGCUGGCGGUGGAAGCUGGCGCGGGCGGCCACGGAUGCGUAUCCUUUCUGCGUGAGAAGUACAUUGAAGAGGGGCCGGCCAACGGCGGAGACGGCGGGAGCGGAGGCAACGUGUACAUCCAAGCGGUGCGCGGGGAGACGUCGCUGCACAAGCUCGCGCGCCGCCGCCUGAUCAAAGCCGGACGCGGGCGCAACGGGCAGGGCAAGGUCAAGGGCGGCGAGCGCGGGUCCGACAUCCUCAUCACCGUCCCCGUCGGCACCAUUGUGCGCGAGAUACAGCGCCACGACCCCAUCGCCCUGCUGGAGGAGGAGCACGACAAGGCGCCCGAGUUCGAGGACGAGGAGGGUGGGGAGGAAGGGGGCAGCUACCAGAAGGAACGAUGGCUCGUCUACCCGGGCACCAUCCCCUCGGAGCUGAACCGCAUGAAGUUCCCCACGCUCCCCCGACCACGACGCUCACACCUCGCCGCCCUCGAGCCCGAGGCCCCCAUGUGGCUAGACCUCGACAAGCACAUGGAGACGCCGCUGCUCAUCGCCGCCGGCGCAAUGGGCGGCCUAGGCAACCCGCACUUCAUGACGCCCUUCAACGCGCGCCCCAAGAUGGCCACGCGCGGCGAAGAAGGCCUCAAAAUCUCCCUACAGCUCGAACUCAAGAUCCUCGCCGACCUGGGCCUCGUCGGCCUCCCCAACGCGGGGAAAAGCACCCUCCUCCGCGCCCUGAGCAACAGCCGCGCCCGCGUCGGAAACUGGGCUUUCACCACCCUCCAGCCCAACGUCGGCACCGUCGUGCUCGACAACCACAAGGGUCGUCCGCGCGUCACGUCGCGCCGGCCAAACGGCGAGCUGCGCGAGAACUUCACCGUCGCUGACGUCCCCGGCUUGAUCGAAGACGCGCAUCUCGAUAAAGGCCUGGGGCUAGGCUUCCUGCGCCAUAUCGAGCGCGCCGCCGUGCUGGCCUUCGUCGUCGACUUGUCUGCCGGCGACGCAGUCCAGGCUACCAAGCUCCUCUGGCGCGAGGUCUCAGAGUACGAAGCCCUCCGCGGUAAGGAGCUCAACGCCGAGACCGAGCGCAGAAUGGUUACAUACCAGCCUCCUGGCCGCGCUCCCAAACCCCACCCAUCAUCGUCGUCGUCGUCGUCCUCAGAGGGUGAAGAAGACCUACCACACCUCGACCCCUCGCCCUCACCCCUGCCCUUCCUAACCUCCACGCCCAUCUCCUCGAAGCCGUGGUUCGUCGUCGCCACAAAAGCUGAUCUCGACGGCACGCAGGAGAAUUACGAGGCCCUGGAGGCGUAUCUAAGCGAUGUUAAGAGCGGGGUGCAGCCCCAUCCGAGUAGUCGCCCCAAUGCGUGGAAGCAUGAUGUCCAGGCUGUGCCGGUGAGUGCUAUUAAGGCGCAGGGCGUGCAGGUUAUUCCGCAGUUGGUUAUGGAUUUGCUGGAGGAGUAG